CAUUAAAUAAGGUCCAACAUAAUUCUUCUUUACGGGGGACAGAUUUGUCAUUUCAUGUCACAUGAGUACUGCAAAAGUCUAAUAUAAUUAAUAUUGUAUCUUGGCUUGAAAGCCAAGGGAAAGUUGAGAGUUAAGUGCCUGGCAUGCAAAGCUAUGGAGGCUCUUGGUUAAGUCAGCCCACAAACAAUCAAACUCGCUUUGUCUUCAAGCUACAGUCGUCCUUGAGCUCUAUGCAGAACUUCUUUCCUUCUGUCAUAGGACCUUUUUAAUUUUUCUCUUGUACCUUUUUAUCUAUCUUGGCUCUUUAUGCUCUCUUUCUCAGACAAAACAUUACAGAUUUGGAUAAUCAGAAGAGGAGGUAAAAAGAAUGGCAUCGCUCACUCCAGGAGUACUACUAAAGCUUCUUCAGGGUAUAAACUCCAAUGUAAAGGUUCGAGGAGAAUAUCGAUCCGUUCUACUACAAGCCAUCAGCAUUGUGCCUGCCUUAACCGGAUCUGACCUGUGGCCUAACCAUGGCUUCUUUAUAAAAGUCUCUGAUUCCUCUCACUCAACAUAUGUCUCACUUUCAAAGGAAGAUAAUGAGCUCAUCUUGAACAACAAGUUGCAACUCGGCCAGUUUUUCUAUGUGGAUAGGAUGGAAGCUGGAACACCAGUUCCUAGUCUUGUUGGGGUGAGACCAGUCUCAGGACGCCACCCUUUUGUGGGGAAUCCAAAGGAUCUCAUGCAAAUGUUAGAGCCGUCAGAAUGUCCAGUCCAAUCUGGUGACGAAGGACUAGAUGGUACAAAAUUGAGGGAGUUAUUGGCCGAAGUAAAGGGCGACAGCCCGAGACAGAAAAUUGUUAUCAAAGAGGAGAAGGCAAAGGUCGCAUCUAGGUACAUGCUGGGUGUUUUGGCACCAAAUAAUGCUAAAGCAAGUGGAGUGGAUUCGAAUGGAGGCGAGAAGAGCAAUGAGAAUGAGAAUGUUGGGGCAAGUAAGAAGGUUGGAACGGUGAAAGGAAAGCAUCAAGAGCUGAAAGGUCAGACACGCUCAGUGACUCCUUCCCGAAAUCUAGCUAAUGCACUUUCAUCAAAGCCAGACGCUGCUGCAUCUGACAAAGAGAUAGCACUGUCUUUUAAGAGCACUCCUGCAAAACGCACUUCAAGUAAACAGGAAAACAUGAACUUGAAUUGUUUGUCAAACAAUAAAGAUAAAAACCCUUCGCCCGAGGCAGCUUCAUGGGCUUCUCUGCCUGCUGGUCUUUUGAAGCCAGGAAAGGGAAUGCUUAGAAGGAGAAAUAUAGCUUAUUUGGUUGCAGCAGAAGCUCAGAAGCAGGCAGCCACGGCUGCAACUCUGGUCAGGUGCCUCAGUAUGUUUGCUGAUCUCUGCUCAUAUGCCUCGCUGGAGAACCCCCACCUGUAUCUUACCAAGUUCUUCACACUCUAUCAGCUGCUUGAACAACCGAAUGCAGCAACUCCAUUAAAGGAUAAGUCACUUCAGUUAUCAGCUCUCCUAUCUGUUCCAGACAUGGACAAAACUGGCAAAAAGGCUGGUCCUAUUCAUGGUAAAAGUAUGUUGAAGUAUCCAAAGGCUCCUAUUGAUUUAAGUGGGGCUGAGAAAUUAGAAUGGGCUAAAUGGGAUGAUGCAAGAGAGAUCAAAGAACUGAGAGAGGUUCUGUUAAAUGAAACAAGAUCUUGGUUUUUGAAAUUCUUGGAGGGGGCAUUGGAUGUUGGGUUUCGUGUAGUUACCCAGGAGAAGAAAGGUAAGGACAGUGCAGGACGACAAAUGGAGCCAGACAACCAUAUUGCUGUCACAUUAUCACAGCUUAAGCAUGCGAAUGAGUGGUUGGAUAAACUGAGAAGCAUAUUGAGGUCAGAGAAUGAUGGGAUACUGGAGAUUGUUGAGCGGUUGAAGAAGAAAGUUUACACUUGUUUGCUAGUUCAUGUAGAGUCUGCAGCAUCAGCUCUGGAGAAUCGCUCUCAUCGUGGUUGAUUCAAGAAAGAUGAAUGUUUUAGAAUUUUUUUCAUCUUCUGGUAUUUAUGAAUAACUUAAUAAAGGUUAUAUGGAUUUCUAACUACAGAUAAUUUAUUAAUUUGAGUCAAGCAAUGUUAUUGAAAUUUUGGCCAAACGUUUUUUUCU